UCGCGGGCAACUUUAGCGCGGCUCCGCGUGCGGGGCUCGGGCUGCGGUUCGGCUGCCAUGGAUCUGCCAGCGGGAGCCGCUCGCCUUCUGCUCUGCUGGGCGCUGCUGCUGCUGCCGCCACUGCCCACGGGCGCCCUGAGCCGCUCCGGCCCCCGAGGUCCACUUUUGGGAAACAUAGAGGAUUAUAGACUUGUUAUCCCAACCAGCACAGAUGCAGAAGGCAAGUUCUUAUCACAUUUGGUGUCGGGAGCUGGUAAAAGCCGAUCCCGAAGGGAUAUUGGGGACCUGCCCAGGGAGGAUGCCAACGAACAGAUAUUUUACAAUGUCACUGUGUUUGGAAGAGACUUCCACUUCAGGCUGCGGCGGAACUCCCGGCUUGUGGCCCCGGGUGCGACUGUUGAGUGGCAGGAAGAUUCCCACGAGACUCGAGUAGAGCCACUCUUGGGGAAUUGCCUCUAUGUGGGAGGCAUCACCGGUCUGCCCAAUGCUUCUGUCGCUAUCAGUAACUGUGAUGGGCUGGCUGGCAUGAUCCGCACAGACAAGGACGAAUUCUUCAUUGAGCCUCUGGAGAAGGGGACGUCGGAGGAGAAUGAUGGCAGGAUGCAUGUGGUCUAUCGCAGGCCCCCGUCUCCAAAGCUUUUUCUCAAUGAUAGCAGGGAGACCAUGUAUUCAGGGGCAGACCUGAGUGGCCUGGAUAACCUCAGCAGUAUGCUUGGCCUUGUUGAAGACCGAAUCAAUGGCUCCAAGAGACGGUCUCGAAGGCAUGCUACCGACGAUGACUACAACAUUGAGGUUCUCUUGGGUGUUGAUGACUCUGUGGUUCAGUUUCAUGGGAAGGAACACGUUCAGAAGUACCUUCUCACUCUCAUGAACAUUGUUAACGAAAUCUAUCAUGAUGAGUCAUUGGGAGCCCACAUCAAUGUCGUUCUGGUGCGGAUAAUCCUGUUGAGUUAUGGAAAGUCCAUGAGCCUCAUAGAGAUUGGGAACCCUUCCCAGAGCUUGGAGAACGUGUGUCACUGGGCCUUUCUUCAGCGGAAAUCAGAUACAGGUCAGGCGGAGUCCCACGACCAUGCCAUCUUUCUCACCAGACAGGACUUUGGCCCAUCAGGGAUGCAAGGCUAUGCCCCGGUCACUGGAAUGUGCCAUCCCGUCCGCAGCUGUACCCUGAACCAUGAAGAUGGAUUUUCCUCUGCCUUUGUGGUAGCCCAUGAGACUGGCCAUGUCUUAGGGAUGGAGCAUGAUGGCCAGGGCAACAGAUGUGGGGAUGAGGUGCGGAUGGGCAGCAUCAUGGCUCCCCUCGUCCAGGCUGCCUUCCACCGUUUCCACUGGUCCCGAUGCAGCCAACAGGAGCUGAAUCGCUACCUCCACUCCUACGAUUGCCUCCGGGACGACCCCUUUGAACAGGACUGGCCGACUCUGCCCCAGCUGCCGGGAAUUCACUAUUCCAUGAACGAGCAGUGUCGCUUUGAUUUUGGACUCGGCUAUAUGAUGUGCACAGCGUUCCGGACCUUUGACCCUUGCAAGCAGCUAUGGUGCAGUCACCCCGACAACCCCUAUUUCUGCAAAACCAAGAAGGGGCCGCCACUAGACGGAACCAUGUGUGCUCCAGGGAAGCAUUGCUUUAAAGGCCACUGUAUCUGGCUGACCCCAGAUAUCUUGAAACGGGAUGGAAACUGGGGUGCAUGGAGUAAGUUUGGCUCCUGUUCCCGGACCUGUGGCACUGGUGUGAAAUUCAGAACCCGCCAAUGUGACAACCCACACCCAGCCAACGGAGGCCGUUCGUGUGUGGGGCUCAGCUAUGAGUUCCAGCUGUGCAACACACAGGAUUGUCCCAAUGCCCUUGAUGAUUUCCGAGAGGAGCAGUGCCGCCAAUGGGAUCUCUACUUUGAACACGGGAAUGCCCAGCACCACUGGCUACCCCAUGAGCACAAAGAGGCCAAGGAAAGAUGCCACCUGUACUGCCAAUCAAAAGAAACCGGAGAAGUGGUAUCCAUGAAGCGAAUGGUACAUGAUGGGACCCAUUGCUCAUACAAGGAUCCCUACAGCCUUUGUGUACGUGGAGACUGUUUGAAAGUUGGCUGUGACCGGGUGAUUGGCUCCACCAAACAAGAGGACAAAUGUGGUGUGUGUGGAGGAGAUAACUCUCACUGCAAAGUAAUCAAAGGGACAUUCACAAGAUUACCUAAGAAACAAGGUUACAUCAAGAUGUUCGAAAUCCCAGCUGGGGCAAGGCACCUGCUCAUACAAGAGACAGAUUCUACCCUUCACAGCCUGGCCAUCAAGAACCAAGAGACGGGGAAGUUUGUUUUGAAUGAGGAAAACUUGGUUCCUGAUUCCAAGGUCUUCAUUGACAUGGGUGUGGAAUGGGAAUAUCGAAAUGAUGAUGAUCGAGAAACUGUCCAGACGAUGGGCCCUCUCUAUGGUGCCAUAACAGUACUGGUCAUUCCUCGUGGCGAUGCCAAGAUCUCUUUGACCUACAAGUACAUGAUCCAUGAAGACUCCCUGAAUGUUGACAACAACAAUGUUGUGGAAGACUCUGUGAGCCAUGAGUGGGCCCUGAAGAAAUGGACUCAGUGUUCCAAGCCCUGUGGAGGAGGUUUCCAGCUUACUAGAUAUGGCUGUCGUAGGAAACUGGACCACAAGAUGGUGCAUCGUAGUAAUUGUGACUCCAUUGCAAAGCCUAAGCCAAUUCGCAGAGCAUGCAACCUUCAGGAAUGUUCUCAGCCAGUGUGGGUCACUGGAGAAUGGGAGCCAUGCAGCAAAAGCUGUGGAAAAACUGGUUACCAGAUUCGCUCAGUACGCUGUGUCCAACCCCUGCACGAUAACACCAAUCGCUCAGUCCAUACCAAGCACUGCAACGAGGCCCGACCUGAGGGCAGGAGGGCUUGUAACCGGGACCUCUGCCCUGGACAAUGGAGAAUUGGGCCCUGGUCUCAGUGUUCAGUAAGCUGUGGCAAUGGAACUCAGGAACGACAGGUCCUGUGCCGGACCCAGGAUGGUACCAUUGGCUCCUGUCGGGAGGAACGGCCUGAGACAGCAAGGACAUGCAGACUCUCUAUAUGUCCCCGAAACAUCUCUGACCCUUCCAAGAAGAGUUACCUCAUCCAGUGGUUGUCACGUCCAAGCCCUGACUAUCCGAUCCAGAAAAUCUCGUCAAAGGGACACUGUCAAGGGGACAAGUCAAUGUUCUGUCGGAUGGAAGUCCUGUCUCGGUACUGCUCCAUCCCAGGCUACAACCAGCUGUGCUGUAAGUCCUGUAACCUCUACAGCAACAUCACGGAGAACAACGGGACCGAGCCAACCCCUGGAAGAAACAAUGACAUUGAGGAGCUGCUCCCGACCCUUCCAACCCCUCCAGCAGUACAGCCAUCUCCUGCACACCCCUCAGUGACUCCUCCCACUACUGCCACAGGUUCAAACAUCACAGAGGAGGAACAUCCAGACAUCAAUGCUGUGGACACUCCCUAUAAGGUUCAAGGCCCAGACGAUGAAGUUCAGCAGCCUAACCUCAUCCCACAUAGGAGGACCCCAUAUGAAAGGACCAAGAAUCAGAGGAUCCAAGAGCUCAUUGCUGAGAAAUGGAAGAGAGAGAUGCUCGGGAGGUUCUAAUAAAUCAGAAAGAUGCCAUCGGGGCAGCUAGGUGGCGCAGUGGACAGAGCACCAGC